AUGCGUACCAGCACUAUCACUACCACACAGGCCCCCUCGCCCAAGUCCACAAUUUACAGAGAGGAUGACCUCCCCGCUUUUACUCCGAUGCCCUGGUCGUUGAAGGAAAUACGCGCCGCCAUCCCCCCGCAUCUAUUCGCCCGCGACACCACCAGAGGGCUGCUCUACUUCACUAGGGAUCUACUCAUGGCCGCCAUUGCUUGGUCCCUGGCCUCUUACAUUGAUCCGUACUUCAAAGGCGUCGCCGUGAGGCAGCUUCUUACCCCUUUUGGGGCCGAGAUAGCUCGCUGGUCUGCCUGGCUGGUCUAUUGGUGGUUCCAGGGACUGAUAUUCACUGGUAUCUGGGUUAUCGGUCAUGAGUGUGGUCACAGUGCCUUUUCGGAACACAAAAUCAUCAACGAUGUUAUUGGCUUCGUGACCCACUCGGCCCUCUGGACGCCAUACUUCAGCUGGAAGAUUUCGCACCAUAGACAUCACAGUAACCACGCUUCUAUGGAGCGUGAUGAGGUGUAUGUCCCCAAGACACGUUCUGAUCUCGGAAUUCCUCCUGAAAACAGCGGCCACAUCGACUACGAAGACUACUUUGGCGACACGCCGAUCUAUACGCUCUUCAUGCUCAUUCGCCAACAAGUCCUUGCUUUCCCCGCUUAUUUGCUUUUCAAUGUGUCUGGGCAGAAGACUUAUCCGAAAGGAACCAAUCAUUUUGAUCCAAAUUCAGUUCUAUUUACGAAGGAACAGCGCAACGCAGUCAUUUUAUCCAACUUCGGCAUUGCUGCAAUGGUGUGGGCCGUCACCUGGGCGAGUUCUACUUUCGGAUCGGCCAACGUGCUCAAAUUCUACGGCAUCCCUUGGCUUUUGGUUUCGCAUUGGUUCAUCAUGAUCACAUACCUUCACCAUACGGCACCAGAUCUUCCCCAUUACCGGAACAAGGAAUGGAACUUCCAGCGAGGUGCAGCCGCAACUGUUGAUCGUAACUUCCUGGGGUGGCAGGGACGAUUCUUCCUCCACGAUGUCGCCCACUUCCAUGUUAUCCAUCAUUUCUUCCCCAAGAUGCCAUUUUACAAUGGACCUGAAGCCACUGCUUAUCUGAAAGAUUUCAUUGGCGACCACUAUCACUAUUCGGACAAGCCUGUUUUUAAAGCCCUUUGGGAAAGUUACAACCGAUGCCAGUUUGUUGAAGACGAAGGGGACAUUCUUUUCUACCGUGACAAAACUGGGCGAGCUGUCAUGAAGGCCGCGGAAAAAUACAGCGUCAAGAAAUCACGCUAA